AUGUCCCAAGAAACAUUCAAAGGCUGGGUCGCCCACGACUCCAAAAGUCCCCUCGUCUACACAACAUUCACUCCAAAACCCUGGUCCGAAACCGACAUCGAGAUCCGCGUCUCACACUGCGGCAUCUGCGGCACAGACAUCCACACCCUGCGCUCAGGCUGGGGUCCAACAGACUAUCCCUGCGUCGUAGGCCACGAAAUAAUCGGCACGGUUUCGCGCAUCGGCUCCAGCGUCGCAAACCUACAAUCACCAUCCAAAGACCUCAAACUAGGCGACCGCGUCGGCGUAGGCGCCCAAAGCAGCUCAUGUCUUCGCGCAGACUGCGAAGCAUGCGCUGAUGGCCAAGAAAGCUACUGCGCCCGCAUGACAGGCACCUAUAACGGACGGUAUCUCGACGCGGGCCGAUCAAAGUCCUUCGGCGGAUUCGCCGAUACCUGGCGUGGACCAGCCCAUUUCGUCUUCCGGAUUCCAGACUCGCUACCUUCUGCCGAGGCGGCGCCGUUGCUAUGCGGUGGAGUGACUGUUUUCGCGCCUUUGCGAAAAUACGGCGUCGGGCCGGGCAAGACGGUGGGGAUUAUUGGGAUUGGGGGGCUGGGGCAUAUGGGGAUACUAUUUGCGCGUGCGCUUGGAGCAGAUCGCGUGGUUGGGAUUUCGCGGUCGUCGGGGAAGAAGAAAGAUGCUGUUGAUGGGUUGGGCGCUGAUGGGUUUAUUGCUACUGGGGAAGAGAAGGGGUGGGCGAAGAAGCACUCGCGGACGCUUGAUGUUAUCUUGUGUACGGUUUCUGCGCAUGAUAUGCCGUUUGCGCAAUAUUUGCGUUUGUUGAAGCGGGAUGGAACUUUCGUGCAGGUUGGGGCGCCGGAGGAUGCGCUACCGCCGCUUAUGGCUUGGAGUUUGAUUCAGAAGAGUGUUAAGGUUACUGGGUCGAAUAUUGGGUCUCCUGCGGAUAUUCGGGAUAUGUUGCAGGUUGCUGCGGAGAAGAGGGUUUUGCCUUGGGUUCAGAGGAGGGAGAUGGGGAAUGUUAACUCGGCACUUGUGGAUAUGCAUGAUGGGAAGGCGAGGUAUCGAUAUGUGCUUGAGAACGGGGUGCAGGCGAAGCUAUGA